UUUCAAGGAACAGAAAUGUUCCGCUGCUUGAGAUGCGAAAGAAGUGAAGUUGCUCUUGGUCGUAAUCAGCCCUUGAAAAAGGAGAAACCGAAAUGGAAAAGUGAUUACCCCAUGACAGACGGACAGUUGCGCAGUAAGAGGGACGAGUUUUGGGACACAGCACCAGCUUUCGAAGGCCGCAAGGAGAUUUGGGAUGCCCUCAAGGCUGCUGCACACGCUUUUGAGAGCAAUGAUCAUGAACUGGCACAAGCAAUCAUUGAUGGUGCAAACAUAACACUACCACAUGGUGCUCUUACAGAGUGUUACGAUGAACUGGGCAACCGGUACCAGCUCCCCGUCUACUGCCUCGCUCCGCCCAUCAACAUGAUCGAGGAGAAGGGCGACCUGGAGACUCUGGACAUCCCCGACCCACCGCCCAAUUCAGGGCACGAAUGCCAGCUCCGUUUGCGCCUGUCCACAGGCAAAGACCUCAAACUCAUGGUCCGCAGCAUGGACACGGUGUACCACAUGAAGAGGCGGCUGCACGCGGUGGAGGGAGUGGAGCCCGGCAGCCAACGCUGGUUCUUCUCGGGCCGGCCGCUCGCAGACAAAAUGAAACUGGAGGAGCUGAAAAUCCCAAAGGACUACGUGGUGCAAGUCAUCGUGAGCCAGCCCUUAGCAAACCCAACCCCGGUGGAAAACUGAUUUCUGCUUGUUUAUCUAUUCUCCUUCUCUCCCUCUCUGUCAUGGGACUGGUUUUCACUGCCCUCUCUUCUUUCAUUUUGUCCCGCUAAUGGAUUGGUUCCAAGAAAUGACCAGCAAAAAUUCCAUCUGUGAUGGAGAUCUGCAAAAACAAAACAUAAAAAUGUAAACUGGCCUUCGGGGUUUGCCUGAUCUCAUAUUUAACACAGCAGCAAGCAGCAAAGGGCGAGGGCGAAGAAGGGAAUGGGGAAGGGAAGGGAAAAGGGAGGGUGUGCAAAGAGGGAGGGAUGAGGUUGUCUUUCACUUAAACAAUAAAAACAUGUAAUGAUCCUUAAAACUGUAGGUGGUGUCCUGAUCCACGGAACAAGAGCAAGAGAGCACUUUUAUUUAAAAAAUAAAACACGUUUCAUAUCAGCACCACCUACAGUUCACGCAAGACUCGCAGCCGCCCUGCGUAGGUCCCACGGCGUGCUGUGGGGAUCUUGCUGCCUGACCCAAUCCACGGCUUCGUCCGGGUGCUGCCGAGGCACUGCAAGCCCUGGGCAGGGAGCGGGGCUGGGGCUCGGUCCCUGUCCUUCUGGCAGCUCCUGCCGUGCUCAGCCCAAGCAAUUGUACAUUCCGAGGUGGCAAUGCAGUCCUGUGCCAUUGCUGGCACCAGCGCUGGGGAUGCAGCCUGCUGGGGCCUUAGGCAAUAACUUCGUAAAAGUAUACUCUCAUGUACUGUACUGUAAGCUUGCUACAAGACUGACUUUGCCUGAAGUUUACCGGCUGACUGGCACCCAGGUAUGUGCCUGCCAAGUACUGUAUAGCACUCAGAGCAUUCAAACAGACUUUGAAGAAGCUAGCUAGGAGGAGUGGUGCGCUGGUCUGCAGCUAUGGAUGAGGUGCACGACCGUUGUCUGGUGGCACCGGUGUGCCCGCUGCAAUAGGUUAAAUGCAGUCGCACCCAAAUGCAAUGGAUUGCAGCCUCCCCUGCUCUGUUCUAGAGGGCUCCGUGUGGAAAAUGGUAAGAACACAAAAGCACACAAGUUUCAGCUUUUCCUGUGUCAUUUGAAGCAACGGUCAUUCUCGAUCUGGAGAUGUCCUCACCAACACACAGCAGCAGCCCGGAGUGUGGCUGUGGUGUCCAACCACCAGUGCUUUCCCUUCAGAAUGUAAGAGGAGCCCUUGUGACAAAUGACAAAUCCUUUUCUAGUCUCAAAAAUCUGAAUCAGACAAACAUAUCUGGGGGGGAAGAGUCUGAUGAUCGGUUACCUUGGGUAGAGAUGCGCUCUGUUCCUCAGGCUUGUCUGGUAAUGCCUUUGCUUGAGAUCAAAUCCACUGCUCCUUUUAAACUUCACUUCCAGUUUGCUUGUUUUUUCAGCCAUCAGUGAAAUCACUUCUUCGAAGGUCCAGCACGCUGGCCAGGUUUGAUCUUUUUUCAUUGAUUUCUGCCUUCCCUUUCUGAAUCUGCAGUCUAAACCUACAGUUACCUCAGUUCUUACUCAUCUGCUGGUGAAACUGGUGGGUUAAGGCUGGCCAUCUGAAACCUGGUUAAUUGCACAGAACUCAGUUUGUCCAGCUCUGGGGGGGUUUCGUGCUCCACGAGUGUCAUUGCAGAGCCAGAAGGAGCAGGGGCCCUGGUAUGACAUCGCAAGUCUGACCCAACAGAUGGAAGCAGAUGCAGGUAAUAGGUGCUGCCAACUUUCACCCCUUGGAAAGCAGAUCCACAUUUUAUGUGCAUUUCUUCUCUCUCCCAGAAUAGCUUUCAUUUUGGUCCCUGUGUUGUACGCUACGAUUUCCUUACAACUCCUUAAGUCCCAACUUUGUGCAGGAUGAUGGAAGUGUAGUGGCAGAGCUGUGUAAAGGAAAAUUAGUUUCUUGUUCUCAUGAACACCCAAGUGACUUGUUUUUUGCUUUUACUUUUUGUUUACUUGUUUUUUUUUCUUUUUAAAGAUUAAAUCAAGGCUGAUAAAUACUAACCUAGAUCAAAAGUUUUCUAUUGUGGAGUUUUUUACGACAAGUAUGCUUUCUUAUACUGGGGUUUUGCAGCCAAAUCUUUCGCAUUCCAGAGGGAAAAAUAUUUAUUUGAUAUAUAAACAAGUCAAAUCUCUUUGAUUUUUCACUGGUCAAAGUGUGGCUUUGUGCCAGGAAGACUCUACUUGUCUUGGAAGGCGUAAUUGUACAUCUUCAUAUGAACGGUCACUUCCCUCCAGUCCUUUCUGCUGAGGGAAAAUUGUGAUGGGUGAUGAAGAGAGAGCAAAGCUAAAACCAGGGUGACAUUUCUGAAGCUGUGAACACUACAGCGCUACUUUUUUUGUAGGAUAUAUGUUGGAGGUUUUUAUUUUAUUUUAUUUUCAUUCAGGCAAUCGUCACCAUGUCCAGCUGUUGAGAUUAGACCAUGUAGGAGCCGGGAGACGUUGUUCUUUCCCUCUUGCCCCUUUUAGAACAGCAUCAGGUGCAUUUUGCUGUACAAGGUGAUGGUGUUUUGUGGUAACUGCUUCUCUGGCAGGGUGCAAGGUGCUGGUCUGAAGGCUGUGUCGUGUGUGUGCUCUGAGCAGAGCAGAGAACUGGUUGGUGCAGAUGCUCCAUUCUCUGACAGCCUCUCCUGUCUCCUGACCACUAAGCACGCAGCCAGAAGUGACAGAAAUUCAGUGGUAGAAAUGUUUUUACAGGUGGCAGUGAAAUCUUUUCAUUUCUUCUUUAUAAAACAGCAAAUGUGCUUAGCACACACCCUGCUGGAAACAAAUUGUACAAGAUUUACAUGAGAAAAGAAUUCCAAGUUGCAAAUAUAUAUAUAUAUAUAUAUAUACAUAAAAUAAAAAUCAGUAAGGAAAGCAUACGGCAUGUUGACUAACUUAUCCCUUGUAUAUUCCUGGAGGCUGCAGUAUGCAUUGAGAGAGCAGACCCUUCUGUCUUUGUCCGCUGGGGUGGUCUGCAGUGCCAGUGCCGGUGCAGGGGACCCGGAUUGGGUUUGCAUGGAACUCAUGAUGGUUCCCAGAGCAGGGCAGAGGGAAGGGCUUGUUCCAGUGCAGAGCAGGGGAGGCAUGGCUGAAGCAAGGCUAACUGGAUACUGAAAUGCCAUUCAGCUUGCAGCUCCGGAAGCAGGAUGGGGCAGGGCUGGGGCUGCUCGCAUGGGGAGGACGAGAGGAGCCUGCUGGUGCUGCCCCUGUGUUUAGCGGCUUGGGCAAACGCUGAGCAGUGAGCUCAGUGCUGCUGGCAGCCCGGGCUGUAACACAAGUGCUGCAGCAGCUUUGGUGAUGCGCACAACCACCAACUGCAAUGCCAAGCGCUCACAGCUGAGGAGAAAUAGGACUCGGUUUUUUUGUUAAGCCCGUCAGCCCUUUGUGUCAUUUCCUUGGGUACUUGCAGCAGGGUGCUCCGGGUCUUCCACAGCCAACUGACAGCACUCCUGCACGGUGCCCAGCACCUGACAGCCCAGUUCACUGUGUUGGCUGCUUGUGCAUUGCUGUGUGUUAGCGUCUUGUACAGAGAACACAGCUGGGAACAGCUGCACUAUGAAUGUUCUUAGUUUUCUGGAAGCCUUUAUUCUCUGGAGCUCGGAAGACGUACUGAUGUGAAUCAGCAGUGUCACGAGUUGGGUUUUUAAUAGCCACACAAAUGCUAAAAGUAAUAGAAACAACACAACAAAGGAACUCAUCAACCAGACAGAGCACAGCUCCUCUUUGCCUUCCGCAGCGAGCUCACAGGUUGGCUCGGGGAGGAGUGGGGCUCGUUGAUGCAACAAGGCAACGCGUGCAGUGCGAGCAGCACUCAGUAGAGCAGGUGUCCAACUGACAAAAGUAUUGCUGUGGUAUGACAUGCUUCUGCAUAUGUAUCUGUUGUUAGUAAGUAAUAUAAAAACUUCAGCGAUACUAUUAAAGAUCCUAGUUUGUUGCAGCAGUGGGAUGUUUUUAGCCCCGGGAUUUGGAAAGCAUUUUAGCUGUGUCAGUGUUGGCCAACUGAAUGCUGUACAUUUCUCCAUUCCUGUUUUCUUCAGAGACACAAGCAGUAACAACAUCUCUGACUCCUGAUCUGUAUUUUACAAACUCUUUUGUAUUUCACUGUAAGUACCUUCCAGACUCCCUGCACCUUUUGCAAUCAUGUUUACUUUGGGGGAAAAAAAAAAAAAAUGGAAGGAUUUUUGUUGGCUUUGUCACUGCACUGCUCAGACCUCGUUCUGUUGAAAUAAAAGGAAGCUCUGUUGGAAAGGGGCUUCUGUCCUUCACCACGUCCCCAUAAUCCUGACCCCUCCCAGCUGGCAGCUCCCGGACAGCUCGCGUUCCCUGGGACAGCAUGGAGAGGGAAUUUGAGAAAGGAGCCUUUGAAAAGUUGCUCUGGGGAGAGGGGAGGAUGAGCGUUCUGCGCUCUGCAAACUUGCUUGGACGUAACAAACAAAAGCUUCACAUCCCCGAGAUGCUGGUGGUCUGCCUUGCGAGUUAACUGCUGUAGCAAGUCUUUGAGCUAAACUCAGCAACUGUGCUUCUGUCCUCCCAGAGAAGAUGAAUGUCCUGCUGUAUAUCUGCAGCUACAACGCUUCUGUUGCUCACUGACUGUAUAUACAAGUCCGCCUGCUUUGAGACUUCCGUUUUCAUAAAGCGUUUUGGAUUGCUCUGUUCUGCCCAUGGCUCUCCCCUUCCACGCUUCAUCCGUUUAGAUGCUCCGUAGCCGUGUGUGUGUGUUGCUCUUGUUGAUAGGAGAUGGAGCUGCAGCUCCUUCCAUGGGAGACAUGGCGUGGCACCGAGCCUACCGACGUCAGCAGUCGGAAGAUGAGAGGUGUUCAAGCAGCAGGCUUCUUUCUGUGGACUUUGAGACUUGAGUCAGAAAUGGGUCCACCGGACUCUCCGUGAAGAAGUGUGUUCCAGCAGGACCACCUGUUGGGUAUUUAUCCGGUAGAACUCCGUGUUUGUAUAUUUUACAGACGAUGACCAUUUGAUCAGAGCCAUGGGGCAAAUAGAGAACUUAAAAUCCUGACUCCUGCCUUAAAACUCCCAGUUCAUCUUGAGCUGCAAAAAUUCUGCACCUGCCCAUCUCAGAGUCCCUGUUUCCUUAGGAAAUUUGAGUCCAGUUAAAGGCUGGAGACAAUUAAAUAAAAAGUAAAACAAAUUAAUUCUUAGAUGAUGGCUUUAUUAAAGUAACUAACUGGUCUUGUCAUAAAAACCCUGUUUGUGCCUCUCAAGUCCAGGGAAUGUUUAAAAAGCAGAGGUGGCUUUCGAGCAAUGAUUGACAUGACGGCGUUGGCUGGGGAUUUGUAAGACACUUGCUUUCACGUGUCCUGAGCAAGAGACUUAGGUUUGCGUCCUCUCUGCCUCAUGGUAAUGGCUUUCAAAGAUGGCUGGUACCAUCAAAUUUGUACUUCUUGAAUAAAUAUCUUCAUUUUUAUGGUAAAA